CGGAGCGGCCGCAUGACAGUCCGCGCUCGGUGCUCGCUGAGGAACGUGUCUGGAACACUGUAGAGUAGAGGUGUAGCGGCUCGUGUGAAGUUCCGUAGGAGUAGCGCGAGCAGUGGUCGGCCGCGAGGGAGAGCGAGACGGCAGCCGUGUGCUCAGUGUUGGCCGAGGAGUUGUGUGGUGUCGCGGGGCGCUUCCCCCUGCGCCUCUCAUUUCCAUAUGGGCGCCCCCCCCACGGGAGGUGGCGGUGGUGGGCCAGCCCGCGCAUACUCGCCGCCACAUUUACCUACUAAUUCUCGCCGAGGCGUCAUUACUAUGUGCAGACGGUGGGUGGCGGCCGCGGAGGUGCCACGCCAGUGAUACUUGUGCAUGUGGAGUGGUGGUUGUUGCCGCACAGUGUGGUGCUGUGGCGCAUGGUGCUAGUGACGGGCCAGGCACGUGCAGCCUACCCAGUGGCACGGCCGGGCACGGGGGCGAGGCCACGCACAUACCAGCAGAACAAGAGAAGACGAGACGCGAGUCAGGAACUUUGUGAGAGGGGCGUGCACUCACGUACCCAGCCCAGCCUCGGCUUGAGUAUGAGGCACGGCCAGGCCAGGGACGAUGUGGACCACAGAUGGUGCGUGGAGGUUGAGGGCUGUGACUAGCGGAGGCGCCGUGUCCGUGCCGCCAUGCCCGGAGAGGAGCUGGGAGAGCCGCCUCUGAAGGGAUGCCCCCCGGCCCCCCCACACCCUCCCACUGAACCUCAAGAAGCCCCUAGCCAGACGCAGCAGCAAGACCCUCCGACUAUGAGUCCUGAGGACGCCCCCUCUACCUCCCCCCUGGCGGGCGAGGAAGGCCCAGGGCCCCUGCCGCAACAGGGCCCCAACGCCACCUCCUCGUCGUCGUCGGCGUCGUCCGCGUCGCCGCCAGCGACGUUCAACUUGACGUGCAUGACGUGCCACACGCAUUUCACGUCGGCGGAGCAGUACACGCGGCACCACUGCGUCGCGUCGGGAGCCGCGCAGGACGCGAUGAACGAGUCGUCGAGUGACGUGGAAAAGUUCGACGGGAAGAUCGUGUACAACCCCGACGGGUCGGCCUACAUCAUCGACUCGGAGAUGAGCGACGACGACGGCGUGGCGGGGCUGGAGCUGCCGCAGCACGAGGGCUCCAUCGUGGACUCCCCGCGGCACCCGCUCUCCUCCACCGCCGCCCCCACCAUCCCCACCAUCGCGAACGCCAUAUACGUCACGAAGAACCCCGCCUUCUAUACCGCCCUUUACGGUCAAACCUUCACCUCGCUAAUCCAGGAAAACAAAGUUCCUGACGUUCCCAUUGUUCACAACUACAGGGUCUUUACCGUUGGUGAUAAAGACAGUGAAAAUGAAUGUAAAGACAGUGAUAACAAAAAUGAUAGUUCCAGUGAGAAAACAAAACUUCCAUUAUUAGACUACUCGCAAGUUCCAAUUAAACCUAUAUUGAUGUGUUUUGUAUGUAAGUUGUCUUUUGGAUAUGUUAAAUCUUUUAUUGCCCAUGCGAUGGGCGACCAUAGUGUAGUGCUACUGGAUGAGGAAAGGGACCUUUUGGCGUCAAAGAACGCUUCGGCCAUCAUCCAGUGUGCGGGCCGGGAGAAGGAGCCGCGAGUGUCGUUCCUAGAGCCAGUGACGCCCCCUGGUGCUAGCAGCAGCAGCAGUAACAACUGCGGCAGCAGCAGCCAGCACGGGGACUCCCUGGCCACCCUGCUGCCCUCCGGGGCUCCCAGCGGCCCUUCCCCCAGCCCGCAGCCCGCCAAGGCCGCACACAACAACGACGACCACCAGGACCUCGCCGAGGACGAUCAUAAUACACCUGUCAAACGUGAGAUGACCGACUUCUAUGACUUAGUCCGUCAGCAGCAGCAACAGCAGCAGCAACAACAACAGCAGCAACAACAACAGCAGCAGCAACAGCAGCAGCAACAGCAACGGGCAGACCCCUUCGCUGCUCCCCAGCAUCCGGCUGCUGUCCGGACGCCCGACCUGAGCCGCAAGUCGCCGAUCUCUGCCCUGGGCGCCAACGGCCGCGCGUCCGUGUCGCCCGUGACCUCGAUGUCGCCCACGAGCUUCUCGCCGCUGCAGUCUCCGGUGACGCAGCUCACCGGCACCGUCAUCGGCGCCUGCCCCGAGCACAUGAGCGGCCGCCCUCAGGGCGUCAGCUGCGACAAGUGCGACCUGAUUCUGCAGCAGUCGCGGACGCUCGGAGGGCAGAUGGCGUUCAUGCACUCGCGCAACUCCUGCAAGACGCUCAAGUGCCCCAAGUGUAACUGGCACUACAAGUACCAGGAGACGCUGGAGAUCCACAUGAAGGAGAAGCACCCGGAGAACGAGUCCACCUGCAUCUACUGCCUGACCAACCAGCCGCACCCUCGCCUCGCGCGCGGGGAGACCUACACCUGCGGCUACAAGCCCUACCGCUGCGAGGUGUGCAACUACUCCACCACCACCAAGGGCAACCUCUCCAUCCACAUGCAGAGCGACAAGCAUCUCAACAACAUGCAGGAGCUGCAGAACGGCGGCAUGCCCAACCUGGACGGCUCGCAGGCCCUCACGUCGCAGCAGCAGAGCCCCUCCGGCAGCAUCUACUCGGCGCCCAAGACGCCCACGCCCUCCACCACGCCCGCGCCGCCGCAGCAGCAGCAGAAGCCCAAGCCGAUGUGGCGCUGCGACGUGUGCAACUACGAGACCAACGUGGCGCGCAACCUCCGCAUCCACAUGACGAGCGAGAAGCACACGCACAACAUGAUGGUUCUGCAGCAGAACGUCAAGCACAUGCAGCAGCUGAGCGCCAUGCAGGGCGGCGGCGGCGGGGCCGGGGGCCAGAUGGACCCCAUGGCCCUGCUGCAGUUCGCCGGCAACCCCGCCGCGGCCGCCGCCAUGAUGGCCGGCCUGGGCGUGGGGGAGAAGCCGCCCCUGCCGGAGGCCGCCCUCGCCGACAUGGCUUACAACCAGGCGCUGCUGAUCCAGAUGAUGUCCGGCGGCCAGCUGCCUCCAGGCGGUCCCCUGGGCCCUGGUGGCCCUAUGGGGCACGGCCCUGGCGGUCCCGUAGGCCACGGUGGCCACGGCGGCCACGGCGGCCACGGAGGCGACCACCCCGGGCCGCACUUCGACCUGGGCCUGAACCCCGAGUCGCUGGAGCCGCCGCCGGAGCCCGUGCCGCCCAACCCGCGCCACGCCUUCACCUGCUGCGUCUGCUCCGUGUUCUCCACGGACUCGCUGGAGCAGCUCACGCUCCACCUGCAGCUGGACCGCUCCAAGGUCAACGAGAACGAGGUGCUGCUCGUCGUGGCCGGCAACUACAUCUGCAAGCUGUGCUCGUACAAGACCAACCUCAAGGCCAACUUCCAGCUGCACUGCAAGACGGACAAGCAUCUGCAGAAGCUGCAGCACGUGAACCACAUCCUGGAGGGCGGGCCGCGCAACGAGUGGAAGCUCAAGUACCUGUCCAACACCAACCCCAUGCACGUGCGCUGCAACCUGUGCGAGUACUACACCAACAGCGUGCACAAGCUGCAGCUGCACGCGGCGCACCAGCGGCAUGAGGUCCUCAACGUGCUGUUCCGACACCUGUGCAUGGCGGAGCACAGCAUGCACGAGGACCGCCGCCAGUAUACGUGCGUGCUGUGCAACUUCACGACCCGCGCCAAGCUCCAGCUGUUGCACCAUAUCCGCUCCAUGCGCCACCUGCAGAUGGAGCAGUUGCACCAGAUCCAGCGGCACGCGGAGGGCAAGGGCGGGACGCAGCAGGACAUCGGAGACAUCUUCAAGGUGGAGGAAGCCGACGAGGACGGCCGCCACACGCCGCACGAGGAAACCAAGGAAGAAGGUCGUUCGCCCGACCACGUGCAUGCCUGUCCCUUCUGCCACUUCACGUGCGAGCUGGAGUCUAGCCUGCAGCAGCACGUGGACAGUGAGCACGGCGGGGAGAAGAAGGCAGGGCUGAGGUGUCCCCUGUGCGAGGAGGCGUGCCCAGACAUGCCCUCCCUCGAGAAACAUGCCAUCAAUGUUCACUCGGUCAACUCCGAGGGCCUUCAGAGGCUCAUGCUGCUGGUUAGACUUAGCGCCGCGGCGGGCAAGGAGGCCGAGGAAGAGGAUCACUCGCAGCAGCACCACCAACAGCAGCCGCCGCCGCCGCCGCCGCAAGCCGAACAGAUGCAUCAGGAACAGCAUCUCCGUCUGCCCGGGAAGGCGGAGGAGAGCCAGCCAUCAGGUGGAGCAGGUAAGCGAGGUGAUGAGCGGAGCGUGGGCCGGGAGCAGGAGGAGUGUGGUGUGUGUGGGCUGGCGUGCGCCUCGGUGGAGGACCUGGUGGCGCACCAGGCGGCCGUGGGACACACGCCGCUGACGGAGACGCCGCGGGGGCCAGGAUAUCUGUGCUGGAAGAAGGGUUGUAACCAGUACUUCCCUUCGGCGCAGGCGCUGCACAGUCACUUCCGGGAGAUUCAUGGCGCGGCGCCCAGGCCGUCGAUCGCCGUGUCAGAGAGGCACGUGUACAAGUACCGCUGCCAGCAGUGUUCUCUCGCCUUCAAAACAGUGGAGAAGCUGCAGCUGCACUCUCAGUACCAUGCGAUUCGGGAUGCCACCAAGUGUCUGUUGUGUCACCGCAACUUCCGCUCGCUGACGGCUUUACAAAAACAUGUCAGCUCUGACCACCCUGAGCUUUCGGCGGCGGAACGACACCAGUUCCAGGCAUCCAUCGUGGGGGCGCCGGUGGGCGCGGGGGCGGGGCCCGUCCUCGACCCCAGCACCACCGCGCUACUCCGAAUGGAGUCUAAUAAGGACGACGAGCCUGAGGAACUGCCUCGUGUCGAUGAGCCUCCGCUGCCUCCACAACAGCAGGCCAUCGAGGACUACCUCAACUCUGACACGAUGGCUCUCGAUAACUACAGCGACCCGGCGCGACGCUUCAAGUGUCACCGCUGCCGGGUCGCCUACACGCGCCAGACUUAUCUCUCGGCUCACCAAAAGACGUUGCUCCAUCGCAGGGGAGAGAAACUCACCUACCCGAUGGAGAAAUAUCUUGACCCCAACAGACCAUACAAAUGUGAUGUUUGCAAAGAGUCAUUCACGCAGAAAAACAUUCUGCUUGUACAUUACAAUUCAGUCAGUCAUUUGCAUAAGCUUAAAAAAGCCAUGCAGGACAAAGAGACCAAAGGAUCUCCGAGCAGCUAUCAGACCCAGUCUGAAGGGAGCGGCGUGGAGGCCGCCGGGGCCGCUCCCCCGGGUGACGGCUUAGCCAGCGCCUCCAGGGGUGCCGGGGGGGCGGGGGGCGGGGGUGAGGAGGAGGAGCGCAACAAGCCAUACAGGUGCCACGUGUGCCGAGUGGCGUACUCACAGCAGUCUACCCUGGACAUUCACCUGCGCUCAGUUCUCCACCAGACGCGCGCCGCCCGACUCCCAGACUUUCUGGCCACCCACGCCCACCCAGACCCCUCGCGCCCACUAGUCGACCAUCCGCCCACACCCACCAGUACCCCGCAGCCCUCCCCCGCCCCACACCAUGACGCACACACUCCUCGCUCCCCCUCAACCCCUCAGGCUACCCCUCCAGGGGGGCAUUAUCAGGGCAUUUCCCCCUCUAAUAGCAGCAGCGGCAGCGCCCAGGGAAGCUGCGAUCGGUGUGGUGGCGUGUGGAGCACCCCGGAGCAGGGAGCGCAACAUGCAGUGUUGUGCGGGCUCAUACCCCCUCACCUGGCCUUCCUCCCGCACGCCGUCAGCACCGGUGUCAGUCAGCCUGCCACCCUGGACGCUGCCUGGGCCUCCCUCUGCGGGGCCACCGCCGCCGCCCACCUGCCCCCGACUCAGCCCCCCGACCGCUCUCUCUCUCCAUCUGAAUGUUCCAUAGAAUCUCUCUCUACCUCUAGAUUCACUGUACCUUUCAGAAAGUCUUCACGCCUACACAAGCACUUAUUAGAAAGCUUUGGCUUUGACCUAGUUGUUCAGUAUGUUGAAAAUCAACAAUCUUGUCCAUCAAAAGAACCCGAGCAGGGGACUUCUGAGGACUCUAAAGACAGAUCCAAUCCUGAUCUACCAGAACUUAGUAAAUCUAAAUGUCCUCAGUGUUCUAAACAAUUUUCUAGUGUAUGGGUUUUAAAAGCCCACUUAGAAGAAAUUCAUAAAUCAGGUGUACCUUUUGAUUACCUUAAGACCUUCUCAGAUGAGUACCGUAAAGAGUACAAUACUAGUCGGCAAUGCUCUAGCAGCGAUCCCUCUGCUCUUACAGAUGAGGAGCGAGUCCGGGACGCGGAGCUCAUCCAGGGGGGAGACAAGGGGACUUCAGAUGAGAGAGAGAAAGAGGCAGAGUCAGGCAGCAGGAGCGACGCCGCGGCCACGCCCACGCCCACCUCUCGUGCCACGCCCACACCCGGUGUCACGCCCACCUCCAUCUCUGCCGCCUCCAUCUCCCCCGCCGCUGACCAGCAGGGUAUGAAUAUGCCGUCGCAGAUGGUCGAGAUGGCCGCGGCGCUCAAUGCCCUGACGGCGGCGCAGAUGCAACAGAUGCAGUUCAACCCCAUGAUGAUGGCUGGGCUUGGGCUGGCGGGGCUGCCCCUCCAGCUCAAUCCCCUGGCGGCCAUGAACCUCCAUCCGCCCCUCAUGCCCAUGAUGCCGCCCCACAUGUUUGAUCCGGGCGCCCUGGCCAACAUGCAGCAGCAGACACCACCCACUUCGCUGCCUUCUAACCUGCCCAAUGAUGCAUCCAUGUUCCUCAAGCAGCAGCAGCAGCAGCUCUUGCAGCAACAGCAAGCCGCUGCUGCCGCCGUUGCAGCACAGCAGAAGAGGGCUCGCACACGCAUCACCGACGAGCAGCUGAAAAUACUGAGAGCUCACUUCGACAUCAACAAUUCCCCGACGGAAGAGCAGAUCAACGAGAUGGCCAAGCAGAGCGGACUACCUCCCAAGGUAAUUAAACAUUGGUUCCGUAACACGCUGUUCAAAGAGCGACAACGCAGUAAAGACUCGCCCUAUAAUUUUAGCAUCCCUCCGUCCACCACACUUAACCUGGAGGAGUAUGAGAAGACAGGUGAAGCCAAGGUCAUGCCACUCAACCCGGACGAGGCACGGGAGAUUGUGGCGCUCAACAGCUCCCGUGAGGAGGACAAGAUGACCGAGCGGUUUUCCAAAGAGCAGGAAGAAUCCGCACACGACCGCGCCGCCACCGCAUCCCCGCUCAACAAAGUUCCUAGUCUUACACAAGACAAUAGCCGAGUACAAGAAAAGAACGGGGAAGGUAUAGGCGGGUCAGGCCUCAGUGCCCAGCAUCACCAGUUACGGGAGCAACAACAGCUGCGAGAGCAACAGCAACUACGAGAGCAGCAACGGGAGCGGGAACAGCAGCAGCAACGGGAGAGGGAGCAGCAGCAGCAACAGCAGCCACCCUUGUCACAACCCCUGCUGCCCCCGCAGCCCCAGCAGCAGCCACUAGGCAGUGGACCCCAGCUGGUGUCCUCGGCUUCCUCGUCGCCGUUGGGCCUGCCGGUGACCUCGUCGUUCAGCUCUCUGGCCUCACCACAGACGUCACUCUCGCUCAGCUCACUCAUUACCUCCCAGCUCGAGUCUAACCCCAUGCUGGCUCACAAGCUGCCUCACACACCACCCACAGUUCCUAGUUCUGGCCUUAUUCCUCCAAGCUCAGGUGUGAGCCCCACGCCUCCGCAUUUGUCCUUCCCGUCAGCCCCCCAGACUCCCACCUCUUCCGGCACUGGCAAGCGAGCUAACCGCACCCGCUUCACUGACUACCAGAUUAAGGUGCUACAGGAGUUCUUCGAGAACAACGCCUAUCCCAAGGAUGACGAUCUGGAGUACUUGUCCAAGCUGCUCAGCCUGUCACCUCGCGUCAUUGUGGUGUGGUUCCAAAACGCCCGACAGAAGGCACGCAAGGUCUACGAGAACCAGCCACCCCUUGACCCUAAUGACGAAGGUGCAGGUAGGUUCACCCGGACGCCGGGCCUAAAUUACCAGUGUAAGAAGUGCUUGCUUGUCUUCCAGAGGUAUUAUGAGUUAAUCAGACACCAGAAGACUCACUGCUUCAAGGAAGAAGACGCCAAGCGAUCCGCUCAGGCGCAAGCAGCAGCGGCCCAGGCGGCAGCUAUGUACAGCGAUGAGAACUCUAAUCACUCAAGCAUCACAGAAUCGUCGCAGCAGUCAGGUAGCCUCGAUAAUAAACCUUCAGAAGGAUCUUUCCAGUGUGAUAAGUGCAGUCUGGUAUUUAACAGAUUCGAGCAGUGGCGUGAGCACCAAAUAGUUCACCUCAUGAACCCUGCACUGUUCCUGAACAAAGGUGCAGAUUCCCCAUUCACCAGCAUACAGCAACAGCAGCAGAGUCAGACAUCGCAGCAGCACCAGCUCCCCUCAGGUGCUCCCCUUCCCAUACCACAGGCUAGUCCCCUGCCCCAGCCCAGCCCCCUAUUGCCACCGGCUUCCCCUCUGAAGCGCAAAGCUGAAGAGAGCGAGGACGAGAGGGAUGGCAUGACAAGCAACAACGAGGGGCAGAGGGAUAAGAGACUCCGCACUACCAUCCUCCCAGAGCAGCUGGACUACCUCUACCAGAAGUACCAGAUGGAAGCCAACCCGUCGCGGAAGAUGUUAGAGACCAUCGCUCAAGAAGUUGGUCUGAAGAAGAGGGUCGUCCAAGUUUGGUUCCAGAACACACGAGCACGAGAGAGAAAAGGUCAGUUUAGAGCUCAUGCACAAGUGAUUAAUAAAAAAUGCCCCUUCUGUCCUGCUAUCUUUAAAGUCAAGUCUGCUCUUGAAUCGCACCUUUCCACUAAGCACGCGGAUCAGUACUCUAAGGGAGAUGUGGACAUUGAUGCACUGCCUGAUGUAGAAGAUUCUGGUGUUGGGAACUUCGGCCUGUCUUCAACUCCUUCGGCAACUCAAGCCUCUCAAGUCAUGCCCUCUUCUCUCUUCUCCUCAGAAGUUCCGGAAGACUCGAUAGCCAUGUACCACGAGGAGGCAAUCCGGCGGUACCUCAACGAUGUCAACUUGGCAUCGGACGGUACACGACGGGAAGGUGAGAGCCCGCUAGAUCUCAGUAAGCCAUUAGACCUGGUUCGGCCGUUAGGGUUUGAUUCCUCCAUGUUAGACACUAACGAGCACCUUGAGGAGCAUUCAGAUGAAGAGAAUUACAAUCUGGAUAUAUGUGAACAAGAGGAGGUUGCAGAUUCAUCAAUCCAGGUGAAGGUCAUGAAAAGUGUGUUCCAGGAGUAUAAAACGCCAACGAUGGCGGAGUGUGAGUUGCUAGGGAGGGAGAUUGGGCUAGCCAAGCGUGUGGUGCAGGUUUGGUUCCAGAACACACGAGCACGAGAGAGAAAAGGUCAGUUUAGAGCUCAUGCACAAGUGAUUAAUAAAAAAUGCCCCUUCUGUCCUGCUAUCUUUAAAGUCAAGUCUGCUCUUGAAUCGCACCUUUCCACUAAGCACGCGGAUCAGUACUCUAAGGGAGAUGUGGACAUUGAUGCACUGCCUGAUGUAGAAGAUUCUGGUGUUGGGAACUUCGGCCUGUCUUCAACUCCUUCGGCAACUCAAGCCUCUCAAGUCAUGCCCUCUUCUCUCUUCUCCUCAGAAGUUCCGGAAGACUCGAUAGCCAUGUACCACGAGGAGGCAAUCCGGCGGUACCUCAACGAUGUCAACUUGGCAUCGGACGGUACACGACGGGAAGGUGAGAGCCCGCUAGAUCUCAGUAAGCCAUUAGACCUGGUUCGGCCGUUAGGGUUUGAUUCCUCCAUGUUAGACACUAACGAGCACCUUGAGGAGCAUUCAGAUGAAGAGAAUUACAAUCUGGAUAUAUGUGAACAAGAGGAGGGUGACAUGGCGGUCAAUUCUCAUGAAAGUAACCCUACCUCUCCCGCCUCCUCCACCACCAGCUCCGCCAACAAGGUGGGAUCUCACCAGAGCGGCACCAACAAGAGGUUCCGCACACAGAUGUCAUCAAUCCAGGUGAAGGUCAUGAAAAGUGUGUUCCAGGAGUAUAAAACGCCAACGAUGGCGGAGUGUGAGUUGCUAGGGAGGGAGAUUGGGCUAGCCAAGCGUGUGGUGCAGGUGUGGUUCCAGAAUGCGCGGGCAAAGGAAAAGAAAGCAAAGCUGGCUCUGCAGAAGAUGCUCGGCACAGAGCCCGAGGGACCUAAGCCGCCUGAGGAGUGCAAAGUGUGUAACUUUAAAUACAGUCACAAGUACUCUGUUCAGGACCACUUGUUUACGCGUUCACAUAUCGAAAACAUGAAAUCGUUCCUGGAAAAGGCGAAGGAGGAGAGCGACGUGGCUGGCCUGGGCUCUACUCUGAGCUCCAUGUCAUCCGACGGCGACCGGCCGCCCGCGGCUCUCACGCCCGUGGCCGGCCUCGCUCACCAGCUGCAGAUGGCUCAGCUCAUGGCUCUGGGCUCGCCGCCAGCUGGUGCAGGGACCCCUGCCGGUGAGGACAAGAAGGGCGGCCCAGGCGGAAGCAGCAACAGCGAGGACCUGAGUCGCCUGCAACUCCUGCAGCAGAUGUACCAGCAGAUGGGUCUCGGGGGGCUGCAAGGGGCGCCGCACCCACUCCUUCAGCACGCCAUGAUGGCCGGCGCCGGUGAGUAGCGGUCCCCCUCCCUCCAUCACUGUCCGCACCCGCUCGCCCGUCCCGCCCGCACACCACCCAGCGCCGCCCGCACGCUCCCCCGCCCUCCCCCGCCCGCCUCGGCCAGGCUUGCCCCGGGGACCCAGCUGCACACCUGCCCUCGCGCUCACUCACCCGGGCGAGGGCUCCGGUUCCCGCACCCGAGGGGGAGUGAGGUGAGGCAGGGGCGGGGCACGCCUGGCCGCGGGGGGCGUCAGUGUACUUGGCCCUGUCACGCUUUUCCCCUCCCUGGCGGGCUCACGCUUGCAGGAGCUGCUGCUGGCUGGCCCCACCCACCCUGUGUUCACUCUCGCUUGUCCGGACCCGCUCUGUGAACUCCUGUGUCUGUGUCAAGUCCGAAGUCGUGUCCGCGGGUCGGGACGUGGACGUCAUACCCGAUUGUGGAAAGACUAAGACUAUUGCUUAAUGUGUUGAUGUUUACUGAUGGCAUUUUUGCAAAGUUACGAAAGUUCCAGAUAUCAGGCCUUACUCUAAGUUUGAGGCCUUAAAAGCUUCACUAGAGCUGGUUUUAUGUAAUUUUUGUGUAAUCCUCUAGUGCUCUAGGACUCUAGAACUGCGUCACGUUACUGGUAGAUCAUAGAGUAUAAAGCCUAUUAAUGGUGAAACACUGUAAUACCUCGCAUCAAAGCAUAUGGAUUGAAUGUAAUCUUUAACAAAAAGAAAAGAAAGAUUUGUCAUGCACCAGAAUUACGCUGUAUACUAACUUGCUAGUUAAUGUUCCUACCACUUUUUACGAUAAUCACGUAAUGAAUGUUUCAGAACGUAUAAUUAUUAUUUUCAUUGAUUUAGCAUAUUAUUAUUAUUAUUAUUAU